AUUUCAAAGAUUAUUCCCACCUCUCGCCAACAACAACCACCAGCCACACAUACAUUCAAGCACUGCAAACCUAUUCCACGAAGCAACCACCCUCUAAUUAUUCCAUUCACACCGCAAACAUGCCCGUUUCUAAGAAGAUGAAGGUGAGUUCUCUACAAGAGUCGGAGAAAUAGAAAAGGCAGGCAACAUAUGGAGAAUCAACGCUGAUAAACAACCCUUCCUCAGGUCCAACGCGAUCACCGCAAAGCCGAAGCAGCUGGCACACGCGCACCCGUCAAAGCAAAUGGUCUCCCUGUCAAAGCCCCAAAGCCAACAUCCAUCGUACGUUGAGACCUCGAGCAACAAGCCCAUCCCGAUCAGACCAAAGCAUAGCAACAUUCCCCCCCCCCUCUGGAUCGCAAUCUCCCAAAAUAACAACGAAAGGAGGCACAAAUGAGAGCCUACCGAGAGAUACAAUGCUAAUCGCCCCUUGCGCAAUCUAGUGCGCAAACUGCCGAAAAGAAAUCGUCAACACGAAUAUAAAGCAGUUGGAGGUCCAUGCCGAGACGCACGAUCAAAAGACUUGGCCCAAGGAGAAGUGCUGGCCCAAGGAGUUCCCUAGCGCAUGAGCACAUACGGGCGAGCUGGAAUGGUCAUGAUACAUGGGACGAAUGAGAUAUGUGACUGAUGACGGGUUGAACGUGGGGUUAAUGGCGGGGUUUCA